UGCCAGGCAACCAAGUCCUCUUCCUCCCAAAUCGAUUCCCAUCCUUCCGGUGUGGCUUGUCUUCAACCCCAAUUCACUGUCAUCUGAAAAGUCUGGGUGAGACACCUCACAGCCUUCCCUUCGCUAGCGCCCAGCUUUAUUAUCUGCCAAUCCGCCAUCGCUCAUCUUCCUCUUCCUCUUUCGCUGCCAUCAUCUCGACUCAGUCCACCGUUACCCAAUUCGGCUUGGAUUCGAUCUAUAGGCAACUCCGUUUCCAUCCAUCGUCGAGUUUUCCUCAUCUUCCCUGAAUCUUCCACCGUUCAACUCAAUCACUUCCUAUCAAGCGUCAUGGCGUUCCUCACUCGCUUGCUCCAAUUUCUGCUGCUGUCGCUGAUCGCCUGCGCUGCUCUCGCGGCCCCGACUGCCGAUCAGUCUGAUGCCACCAACUCGGUUGUCGGCGACUCGACUUCCCACGGGUAUCUCAGUAGCUUCGAGGACAAGGCCCUGCAUCUGUAUGAAAAGUUCCGUCACGGAGUUUUUCAUUCCGAAGAUGACGCCGCCCAGACUGAGGAGGAAGAUGCUGCACUGUCCAGCCGCGCCAACCUCGCCAAGAGACAGGCUGUGAGCAAUUCGACGAGUGCUGCAGAAACUAGCCAGGCGACAGAACCUGCCGCGACGUCGGCGACUGCCACUACCCAAGCUGAGAGCUCUGCCAGCAGUGCUGACUCGACCUCGGCCGAACCCACCUCCGCUGCGACCACCGCCGCCGCCACCACCGCGCAUACAACCGCCGUGCAGACUACAUCUAGCUCUAGCAGCAGUGAAUCCAGCUCUAGCAGCAGUGAGUCGAGCUCUAGUAGCAGUGAGUCUAGCUCCUCGUCCACGUCUCCUGUCACCACCACCUCCUCCACCUCCACCACUUCCUCUUCUACUUCUUCUUCUUCGUCGUCGUCGACGUCGACCUCUUCGACUUCAUCGACUUCGUCCAGUGCGUCUUCUUCCUCUUCUUCCACCUCGUCUUCUACUACCUCUGCCUCUACGUCUUCUACUACCUCUGCCUCUACGUCUUCUACUACCUCUGCCUCUACAUCUUCACCCACGUCUUCUUCUUCGUCCUCCUCUCACACUCGGACAGCUUCUUCUACCACCACUGUGCCUGCCACCACCACCUCUUCGACUUCGUGCACUUCCAGCUCGACCUCGUCGACCGCGCAGUCAACCACCAUGCACACCACGAGCUCCACGACGCAGGAUACUACCAGCACGACCAGCUCGACUAGCCAGGUCACCACCCCGUACACCUCCACCUACAAGAUCACCACCACUCUGCCCGAUGGCCAGCAGAGCACCGUAACCGCCGUGACGGUCGUGCACCCUACGGAAACCGCCCGCGAGGUGGCUACCGGCACCAAGGCAUCCCCCGGGCUCCAGACCGACUCUGCUGCGUCUGCCAACGGGUUCGCGCGCGAGUUCGCUCUCAUGAUGGGAGGAGCCGCCGUGGUGGCCAUGGCGUUGUAGCCUUUCUCGGCCUAUGUGACAACAUUACUCUACCAUUCAAGUGCAUAUUCGGCGUUAUAUUUUACUCCACUUCUCGAAAAUGUUUUUUAUGAUACCUCACGAUCCUUGAG